GCCACAACCACCUCAUCACCACCUUGACACUUGAACUUGCGGCACCUUGGGGCUUUUCUCCGUGCUUUAAUCAUAUUUUACAGAGAGGGAGCGACAAAGACAGGGCUAUCGAACCGACUGUGAUCUCGCAUACUUCUCUGUACUUCGGUGCGGAGAUAGAAAGACCGGCAUACUAACGGCAGAGAGGGGCGCUCCAGCCGAUUCCACCUCCACACUGUCUAACCCUCGCGCCACCAGAGCAACCCCUUAGGCACGGAGGGUUGAGAUCAAUUAUCUUUUCUCAUUAUAUCUCUUAUUUUCCUACUUGACUCAAUCAGCAUAUCUCAUUAUUCAUCAUGUCGAAAAUGUGGGAGGUAGAUCCGGAGACGAAGGCGAAGCUCCUCCAAAUCUCCAAAACCAACGGAAACGAUAAAUGCUGCGACUGCGGCGCGCCAUCGCCACAAUGGGCCUCCCCUAAAUUCGGAAUAUUCAUCUGUCUCAAUUGCGCGGGCACCCACCGCGGCCUAGGUGUCCACAUCUCUUUCGUCCGAUCCAUCACCAUGGACGCCUUCAAGAUCGCCGAGAUCCAACGUAUGGAGCUUGGGGGUAACGAACCAUGGAAGACAUUCUUCGAUGAUCACAUCGUCACUCAGUCCGAAGGCCGUACAUUCGAAGACUCAACCAUCAAAGAGCGCUACGAGGGUGACGUAGGCGAGGAAUGGAAAGAGAGACUCUCCGCCAAAGUCGAGGGGCGAGAAUACGUCCCGGGACAGAAACCACCCCAACCGAAGAAGAAACCGGUCGUGGAACCCGCCUCUUCGCGGUCAAGCACACCGCUGGGUCGGGCCUCUCCUGCGUCGCAUGAUGGGUUUGGAGGUAUGGACGGUGGACGGAAAGAGCGUAACGAGGCAUAUUUUGCGAAACUGGGCUCGGAGAAUGCCACGCGACCGGACUCUGUUCCACCAUCGCAGGGUGGAAAGUUCACUGGAUUUGGUGGUGGUCUGCCAGCUUCAUCGGGAUCGUCGAGAAAUACCCCCGGAGGAAAUAUUCCCGGUUUCGACGAUUUCCAGAAAGAUCCUAUGGCCGCCUUGACCAAAGGGUUCGGCUGGUUUACGUCUACUGUUGGAAAGGGUGCGAAGACUGUGAACGACUCAUAUAUUCAGCCUACCGCUAAGUCGAUAGCGGAAUCCGACUUCGCAGCCCAAGCCCGCCAACAUGCCACCCAGCUUGGUCAAACCGUCCAAGUCGGCGCCCGCGGCGCGGCUGGUCAAUUCCAACGAUUCGUAGAAGGCCCAGACGAGAACAACGCCGGCCGUCGUCGCGCCGAACCCGAACGCAAAGAUUUCUGGGACGACUUUUCCAGCCUCGCGCAAGAGGACAACCACCGCAGAAAUGCCUCCCGGUCCAGCGCCAUCGGAACUGCAGCCAUGAAACCUGGCCCUACCUCCAGUACCGGCGCCGCGACAGGCAAUGCAUCGUCAACGACCGCGAAGGAAAAGGAUGAGUGGGACAAUGAUUGGUGAUUUUAUUUUGGAGUUGUAGAAUACAUAACUGAAGCGUAGUGCAUUUAGUGUUUUGUUGCCUUUCUUCUUCGGUUGCCGGGAAAUGGUUAUAUAUAUCUUUUUCUGUUAGAUCGCUCAGGCCCCGUGCUCUUUGUGCGUGUUAUAGACGUGACGACAAUGUUCGCUUGCCGUUCAUUUGGGUAUCGUUGUAGGUGAGCUGGUUUAUAUUCUUGUUUGACGGGGUCUGGUUAUUACUACUGUGGCCGCAUUUUAGAUCGUGCCUAGAUUGUAUAGAUGCUAGCAAGGUGUCUUGUUCAGCAGGCUGGAUCC